AUGUCCUGCAAUGACCUGUGCUCCACCGCUGGCUCCGGCCUCAUCCGGCCCCAGCCCCUGGCUGACAGCGGGAACGAGCCGUGUGUGCGCCAGUGCCCCGACUCCACCGCCGUGAUCCAGCCUCCCGCCGUGGUGGUCACCUUCCCCGGGCCCAUCCUCAGCUCCUUCCCGCAGGAUUCCGUGGUGGGAUCUGCUGGAGCGCCAUUCCUUGGAGCCUCUGGGGGCUCCUCCCUGGGCUAUGGGUCCGGGGGCUAUGGGGGUUAUGGAUAUGGGGGAUACGGGGGCUAUGGAUCCCUGGGCUAUGGGGGAUUUGGCUCUGGGGGAUUUGGGGGCUAUGGGUAUGGGGGCUCCUCCCUUGGCUAUGGGGGUCUGGGGUCCUGUGGGGGUUCCUCCCUGGGCUAUGGAUCCCUGGGCUAUGGUGGUUAUGGAUCCCUGGGAUACGGAGGAUUUGGAUCCCUGGGAUAUGGAGGAUUUGGCUCUGGAGGAUAUGGUGGUUAUGGAUCUGGGGGAUAUGGGGGUCUCUGUGGAUACGGGGGCUAUGGAUCCCUGGGCUAUGGGGGUCUGGGGGGCUACGGGGGGUUCCGGGGUCUGUAUGGCUCCGGGAGAUCCUUUGGCUCUUGGUCCGGCCGCUACGGCCGCGGCGGCUGCGGCUCCUGGUAA